CUUUUCUUUGUCUUGAUCGCUUAUCCUCUUAUCGAGUUACCUCUCUCUCCCCCCCGAUCUCCCGUUUCUUUCGCAUAUAUAACCCCCACCCAAAUCAUUUCCCCAUUUCCAAUUUUUCCCUCGAGCAUUGAACACCACCCAUCUCCCAAGACCUCAACUGAUACAGAGCAUAAAACAGAGCAUCUGAUCUCCAGAAUGCAAUCUUUGCUCUUCGAUUUCCAGCCCCAAGAAUUCUCACCUGAGAAUUCCUUGAAUUGUGGAACUUUCAAUCACGGCAUACUCCCCUUCAACUUCAACGACUCCGAAGAGAUGCUCCUCCUCGACAUCCUCGCCUUCGGGGCGAAGGAGCCCUCGGACUCUCUGUCCUCCAUUGGCUCCAAAAUCAAAGAAGAAGAAGCCAGUUCCAGCACUUGCAGCACCGACGACUCGCAGCCGCCGGGACAGGAGGCCUACGCGACGCAUCAGGAGAAGGAGAAGUCGUACAGGGGAGUGAGGAAGCGCCCGUGGGGGAAGUACGCGGCGGAGAUAAGGGACUCGACGAGGCACGGGAUCAGGGUCUGGCUCGGGACGUUCGACAGCCCCGAGGCGGCGGCGAUGGCGUACGACCAGGCGGCCUUCUCGAUGAGGGGGUCGAUGGCGGUGCUGAACUUCCCGGUGGAGAGAGUGAGGGAGUCCCUGAGGGAGAUGAAGUACUCCUGCGAGGAAGGGUGCUCCCCGGUAGUGGCGCUCAAGCGGAGGCACUGCCUGAGGAGGAAGUCAGCAUCGUCAUCUGCGGCGGCGAGGAAGAGGAAAGAGAAGGAGACGGCUGUGGCGUCGGCGUCGGCGCCGAACCCGGUGGUGUUCGAGGACUUGGGGCAGGAAUACUUGGAGGAGUUGCUUAGCACGUGCCAGAGCAAUGGCAGUGCUGCUAGCAGUCACUGGUGAAUUGUUAAAAGCAGGGGAGUUCCAGCUUCAUCAGCUUCAGGGGAUUCUUUGUUCUAUCUUCUUGUUCUUUAAUUUCUUCUUUCCUCUCUCCUCUCUGUUUUCUUCAUUUCUCUGUAUUUUCUUUUUCUUCGGUUUAUUUGGGUGGGUUUUUGCUAGAAUAUUGUG